UCGAAUCGAACCCCACCCAGCGUUGUUCAAACCAAACCUCGCUGUUCUAGCCUUGUUUGUUUCGUCCUUCCCCUGCCCACCUCUCCAUAGCAUUCGCCGCCAUGGCCCCUUCUAGGGCCCCCUUCCCCGCCUUUUCCGCGCGUUACGCGCUCGUCUUGUCCCUCCUCUUGGCUCUCGCGAUCCCCGCAAUCCACGGCCUCUCCGAUCCGCACGAUCCUAUCCCUUCCGCCGCUCCCGCUAGCGAGUCCCCCGCCUCCACCGCUCCCCCCGCGUCCUCCGCUUCCGCCUCCGCCCCCAACGCCUCACUCUCCGCCUCUCCAUUACCAUCCUCCCUGCUCGCAGCGCUAGAUCCGGUCACGCGAUUGGCUAAAACGGCGUCGCUGACAGUCGCGUCCGUCUUCCCGCCCGCGCCUGACGCUAAGACGCUCCAACCAGGCAGCCAGGAGUACUUCAACCUCUUCGUUGAGGAGACGACCUUCUACAACCACCUCGUCCUCUCCUUCCUCCCCUCCUCCUUCGUCGCCUCCCUCCCGCACUUCCCGCAAACCUGGCUGCGUAACUACGUCGCGGGCUGCCUCCUGUACUUAAUCGGGUCGGGACUAUGGAGCCUCGUCGUGUAUUCGCUCUUCGGGUGGUACUUAUACUCCGGUCCGGACGAUAUCCCGUCUCUUAAAGCCAUGUGGCGGCAGAUCGCGGUGUCGAUGCGCGCGAUGCCGCUCUACACGCUCCUGCCGACGAUCUCGGAGUCUCUGGUCGAGCGCGGCUGGACGCGCUGCUACAGCCAGAUCGGCGAGGCGAGCGCGCCGCGCUACAUCCUGGGGUUGCUCGCGUACCUGCUGAUAGUGGAGUUCGGGAUCUACUGGGCGCACCGCCUGCUGCACGAUAUCAAGCCGGCUUACACGUACCUGCACGCGAUUCACCACAUCUACAACAAGCAGAACACGCUCUCGCCCUUCGCUGGCCUGGCGUUCCACCCGCUGGACGGCAUCAUCCAGGCGCUCCCGCACGUGUUCUCGCUGUUCCUGGUGCCGAUGCACUUCACCACGCACCUGCUGCUGCUCUUCGCCGAGGGCAUCUGGACCACCAACAUCCACGACAACCUGCACGGCAACGUGCUGUUCAUCAUGGGGGCCAAGUAUCACACCAUUCACCAUACCACCUACAGGCAUAACUAUGGGCACUACACGGUGCUGUUUGACUGGCUGUUCGGCACGCUGCACUCGCCCGAGCAGUACGAGGAGGAGCGAAGGCAGGCCAAGGGGAAGGCCAAGGUGGAGGAGGGGGAGGAGGAGGGGAAGAAGGUUAAGUGAGAAGGGGGGAGAGGGGGGAUAGGGGACAGGGGGGCUAGGGGGGGAAGGGAGGAAGAGGGGGAUGUGGGUUUGGGGGUUUGAGAGGAGGGUCUUGGCGGAACGUGCUGUUCAUCAUGGGGGCUAAGUACCACACCACUCACCAUACCACCUACAGGCAUAACUAUGGGCACUAUACGGUGCUGUUCGACUGGCUGUUUGGCACGCUGCACUCGCCCGAGCAGUACGAGGAGGAGCGAAGGUGGACCAAGGUUGAGGAGGGGGAGGAGGGGAAGAGGGUUAAGGAGUGGGGAAUGGGGGGAUGUGGGUGUUGGGGUUUGGAAGAGCUUGUGUCAGGCCAUAGGCAUAGUAACAUGUACCGGAAGGCAGAGAUCUAAUCAUCUCUGCUGGUGUGGGCUCUUCGCAACAGGAGCGAUUGCUGGGCUGGUGAGACUGCUGCUGCUUGCCAGCCAUUUACGGGUAUUGCCUUUUUAUGCAAGGAUAGAAGAAAAGCAUGUCUUGUCGAAACUCAGUUACUAACAAGUGAGUUAAAAUUCUCAGAAUAACGCAAUGAACUAGGAUGAGUGAU